CACCAGCUCUAGGUCAGUAUCGAGUGAACAACGGGGAACGAUGGGUUGCCUCAAGAAAUUGGUGCUUGCUUCGUUUGUGACGGCCGCACUGGUUUGCGGUGCACUGCUGCUCGUGUGGAUAUGGCUUGGAGUGGAAAUUAUUCCCAAUCAAAUUCGUGACCCACGAACACUGCAGGAUCGGUCCUUCGAUUACAUUAUCGUCGGUGCCGGCACGGCAGGAUGUGUGUUGGCCAACCGUCUUUCGGAAAAUCCGAACGUAACCGUGCUGCUGGUAGAAGCGGGCGAUACGUUCGGUGCGGCUUCAAUCAUCCCGCUCAUCAGUACCGCCAUGCAGGGCACCAAGUACGAUUGGGCAUUCCGGACGACACCGCAGAAAUAUUCCUCACACGGUUUGGGUAACAAUCAACAACUGUUACCACGUGGCAAAGGAUUGGGUGGCUCGGGACAAAUCAACUACAUGCUACAUUUCACGGGCAUACCGGAGGAUUUUGACCGCUGGGAACGGUUGGGUGCACGUGAUUGGAACUGGCGUGGCAUGAAACCUUACCUCGAUAAGCUUAACCAUCCGGUGGCUGGGGGCGAUCAGGACGGUGAUGAUGACGUGCUGCAGGACUGUAAACAGGAGGAGCUUACUGGCGAGGAGUUGUAUGAGACCAACAACCACUACGCAUCGAUUCUGUCGGAAAGUGACAAACACGCAAGCAUUAGCUUUUGCACGCGAAAGGCUUCCCCACAAAACAGACACCUUUCCGCAACGGGUCGCUUACACAUAACCGAGGUGGACCCUCGGGACUCUCUGCUGGCAAAAGUGUUUACCGACGCACCACUAGAACUUGGUGAGCAGUAUCACUUCAAUCCGGCCCGUUACACCAUUCGCAAUGGAAUCCGUUGGAGCAGUUACCAUGCUUACCUGCGACCCGCCUUCGGACGUCCGAAUCUCUCCAUCCUAACAUCAACGUCCGUUGCGAAGAUCCUUUUCGAUGACACCAAUCGUACGAAGGGUGUGCUGGUGCAGCCGCCGAUCGGGACAGGCCACCACCAACCACCGGUUCGCAUCACAGUCGGGCGGGAAGUGAUACUGUCUGCCGGUGCCCUACACACACCACAGAUUCUGAAACUAUCUGGCAUUGGGCCGAAACUGGAGCUAAAACGGCACGGCAUCGAAGUGGUGCACGAUGCACCCGGCGUGGGACAGAACUAUUUCGACCAUCUCAAUCUGCCGCUGUUUGUGAGCAUCAACGCAACGGCCAGUGUAACGAUGGAUAAGGUCCUGUCGGUGGAUUCGAUCCGGCAGUACCUUCAGCAUGGUCGCGGAGUUUUAUCCACCACGGCCAUCGCUGGCAUUGGAAGUCCUCGUGGUGGUCGGUACGGCAUUAUUCUGUUCGGGAUGGGCAGUGUCGAUGAGCAAGCGCUACGCCACGUGUCCAACAUGGAAGAGGACACGUUCCGGGCGUUUUUCCCCUCCUACCAGAACACCAGCCAGGAAGGAUUCCUGUUCCUGAGCACCUGCCAUCAGCCGGCCAGCCGUGGAGGUAUCUUUCUGCGCGAUCGUCACAUCGACAGUGUUCCAUUUUUCAACCCAAACUAUCUGAAGGAUCGGUCCGACAUUGGGUGUAUGAUCCAAGCGAUACGAUUGGCUGCGCGGACGGUUCGGACGGAUGCUUUCCGGAGCAUAGGUGCCCAUCUGCACUGGCCACACAUAAAGCGGUGCUCAAAUUUCGGACCGCCGGUGAACAGCAGUACCGAGCAACCGUCUGAUCGGUAUCUGGAGUGUAUUCUGCGUACUUCGGCGCUUACAGGACAUCAUCCCGGAGGGACGGCCGCCAUUGGACUGCACAGUGAGGCUGUGGUUGACAAUCAGCUCAGGGUUAACGGAGUGCAUGGUUUGCGCGUCGUUGAUGCAAGCGUCUUCCCAGCGCCCGUAUCCGGAACACCGAACUCCGUGGUGAUUGCGGUGGCCGAAAAAGGAAGCGAUUUAAUAUUGCAAAACAGUAAUUGAUGUGCUGUUGGAAGAUGUAUUUCGUAGAAAAAAAAGACGGAAAAAGAAAAAAAAAGUCGCCUCCCCGACGGGGAAUCGAACCCCGGUCUCCCGCGUGACAGGCGGGGAUACUGACCACUAUACUAUCGAGGACUUGUGAAGGGAGCGUGCUUAAAGCGGCAUAUAAACAACGUGCGGCGGCUGAAACGACAACUAACGCGAGUGUUUUCUAUGAAUUAAGGAAAUUUACUCGAAUUACGAAGCCACAUUUUAGCAAUAAAAUUAAAUUACAAAUAAAUUGUCCAAUUGCUUCCGAUUACUAUAGCAUUAACCAGCUUAUAAGAGUUUCUGGGACGGGUAAUAUUUUUUAAGCGCAAUUUAAACAUCUCCAAUUAUCAGUCAAAUACCAACAGAAACAGAAGAAGUGUAAUGGCAUACAGAGAUACGGGAAGAAAUAUGCAGAGGAGGAGUUUCUAUCUGCUAUCAUCGUUGUUACGCGCAAUCAAUAAAAA